CCGGAGCCUUCUCCGCGUCCCCGGAGCCUGGGCGCCGUGGUCCGCCUCCCUGCAUGAUGUCUGGGGGCCUCCUGAAGGCGCUGCGUAGCGACUCGUACGUCGAGCUAACCGAGUACCGGGACCAGCACUUCCGGGGUGAUUAUGAGGAGCAAGAAAAAUUACUGAAGAAAAGCUGUACUCUAUAUGUUGGAAACCUUUCCUUUUACACCACCGAAGAACAAAUCUAUGAACUCUUCAGCAAAAGUGGUGACAUAAAGAAAAUCAUCAUGGGCCUGGAUAAAGUGAAGAAGACGGCAUGUGGAUUCUGUUUUGUGGAAUACUACUCGAGAGCAGAUGCAGAGAACGCCAUGCGGUACCUAAAUGGGACUCGCCUGGACGACCGGAUGAUUCGGACAGACUGGGACGCAGGCUUUCGGGAAGGCAGGCAGUACGGCCGAGGGCGCUCGGGGGGCCAGGUACGAGACGAGUACCGGCAGGACUAUGAUGCUGGGAGAGGCGGCUACGGGAAACUGGUUCAAAACCCACCAGGGAACAAGCCGCUCCUCUGACCGGCUGGAUCUGAUGAAGCUCGGUGCCAAGGUCUGCAAAGCAGCUGGAUUUCACCAAGCUUUUUCAGUCUGUUACUGAGCUGGAAGCAUCUGUGUGGAUUUCCUCUCUGAAAAUUAUUAAAGGACAGAAAUCUAAAAGAAUGUCUUUAAUUUUAGUCUUAAGAAUCUUGGCCAUGUCUCUUAUUACCAGGAUGUUUUUCUACUAGUAGUCAAAAUUUGUUCCUUGAAUACAAAUUGGAUAUAUGGUGUGGAUUAGUCUGUCAAAACGUCAUUUUUAGGGUAGUUGCACAAAUUUCAUUUUGGUUUACCAUGUUUAUAAUACAGGUUUAUAAUACCAACUUGGGCCGGAAGUUUUUUACAUUUGCAUGCCAUAAAGUUUAAUGGGGACAUGCUAUUCAGUAUAAACAUUUCCUGUUUUCUAAAUAAAGAACAGAUAUGGGAAAACUUGA